AUGAACGAAGAACUGCUUAUUUCUUUAGUGCAAAAGUAUAGAGAACUGUAUGAUCUAGGAGACCCUAGAUAUCACGAUGAGCAGCGGCGCAUGAAUAUAUGGCAAGAAAUAGCACAGAUUUUGAAUGAAACACCGGCAAAUUGUAAAGAGAGAUGGAAGAGAAUUCGCGAUAAUUAUCGACGCGCCAAAAAACUACGUGUAACGAAGAGUGGCCAGGCAGCCACUAACAUAGAACCAAUUCGAUUUGAAAAAGAACUGAGCUUUCUCUCUCCCUUUAUAUGUAAUGACAUACAACAAAAUUCAACAAAUUUGCCAUCUUUGAGUGAUGAUGAACAAGUCCUGUCACCACGGUCAGCAACAGAUUCACAAGCCAUGUCACCACUAUCAUCAAACUCAUCAUCAGUCAUGUCACCACCACCUAUAAGUAGAUCCCAAGUCAGUAAAACUGAUUUGAGUAGGAUCACCAAAAAGAAGAAGACAGACAGAAUCUCUCAGUCGCCUCCACCGACACAAACUCUGUUCCAAUCAUACUUAGAAAAAAAGUAUCAAUCGCUUAACCAAUGCCAUGAUACUAUGGUAGAUUUUUUCACAAACUUGGGGAAAACAGUCACAACAUUCCCGAAAGAUGUUCAGAUACGGGUUAAGGGUGCGGUGUUUAAAAUUGUGAACGAUGCUGAGGCUGAUUUGUUUUGCAGACAAGUUGAUACAAAUAAUAUAUCGCAUGCGAGUAGAGAGUCCCAAAAUAUGCAAACCAUAAAUCAACAUAAUUGUUACUGCGGAAUGUUAAUGUUAACUUUAUUGGGAAUUACUAAUAAAUAUGAUUAA